AUGACGAGCAUCAACGAGAUUCUAAAGAAGUUAGAAAAUGGUUUUGAACAUACUCGGAAGGGCGAAGGUAAAGAUUUAGUGUUAGCUAUUGGUAAUACUGGCGUUGGCAAAAGUACUUUUCUGAACUACAUGCUAAAGCAUAAAAUGUGUCAGGACCAAAAUACUGGAAAUAUAGAUACGGUGCAGCCUGCCACCUUUAAGAUCGGCCAUGAAAUGGAGUCAGAAACUUUAUACGCUACGCCAUUUGUCAGCGAGAUCUAUCCUUGGGUUUAUACAGAUUGUCCCGGAUUUCAAGAUAAUAGAAUAUCAAGUGAUGCUGUCGUAAGUUCUAUUAGUACUGAAUUGGCGGUUCGAAAUGCUCGUCAGGUUAAGGCUGUUGUGAUUUUAAUAGAAGUCCAUACUUUACUCUCUGCAAGACUAAAUGAGUUAAGUCAAUUAAUGAAGACACUAAUUUCGCUCUUUAAGAGCCCAAUCGAUAUGGCCAAUUAUUCCAUCGUGGCUAUAACAAAAGUAGAUUCUCUAGGACUGACAGAAGAGACUACAAAGCAAAGAAUGUUGCAAGGUUUUAAAAAAAUCGAAAGGAAUUGUGAUGGAAAUCUAGAAAUGCUUAAAAAUAAGUAUGAAAGAAGUAAAUCUCCUUUAGCUGAUGAUUUACAUUCAGCAUCUGCCCCGACACCGGAAGAUUUUGCAUUUAUUAAGGCUUUUGUUGCUGCUAUACUUCAAAAGCAAGAUGAUAUAGUAUUUGUUAAACCCUUAGAUGAAGGCCAGUCCAGAGAAAGAGUUAUCGAACUGAUUAAAGGAAUUAGGCCACAUAAAUCGAAAAAAUUGUAUAAUCAAAUAGUCUCUGCUGUGCGUUCUUUUCCCUCGUCUUUCGGACCCUUGAGCUCUGAUCAUGAUAAAGAUAAGCAAGAGAAAGUUAAACGUCUUACUGUGAAGGAUUUUAACUUUCAAACAUACAGUGAGCAAAGAAUACUUUUUAAUAAGGCUAUUUAUGAUCGCGCACAUGAUGGUAACGAACUAAUAGAAGCUAUCAAGACACAAUCAAAUCAACUUAAGAGUGCUAUUAACACUUGCCAAGAAAGUGAGACUAGAAUUAUGACACUAAAUGAACUUAAAUCAAAUCUUCAACGCUUAUUUUAUGAUUCUGGAGAUUCAACUGGCUCUAUAGAAAACUCAGAGACACUCAUCGCUCGAAAUAGGACUACAAUUAAUUCGCAAUCAGAAGAGAAGCGGACUAUUAAGACACGUAUAGUUACCUUAGAUAGAGAGUUAGCCAAAAUCGACACGGAUGAACUUAAACUAUUUCGUUCUGAGCAUCUAUCUAAAGACUGGUCUUUUUGGAGAGGUUGGUUUUAUAUAUUAGACUUUGAGGCUAAAACUGAUAGUGAAUCGAUUCCAAUGGUUAUUGAAAAAGAUCAAGCAAAUGGGGGUUGGUACGAUACCGUCGAUCAACGUAAAAAAGGCUAUUAUAAAACAAAAUAUGUUUCUCAAUGGUUCACUGAAGCUUAUGCUAAAGUAGAUGCUUAUAUUAAAACCAAGCAAGAUACAGGUAAUCAACUACGGAUUAAAGAGAUUAGCAAGGAGAUAGAAUCUCUGCAAAAUCGAAAAACAGAAUUACGGGCAAGCUUAAAUGAGCUUAAAGAAGCGAACAAAAUCUUGAUUCAGAAUAUUGAAUCUAUACGAGAUGGGAAACUUAAGGCGGCGAAAGAUCAGGAAAUGAAGAUUACAGAGUGUGAUCAAGAAAUUAAUCGACUUUCUAAUAGAAUUAAAGAAAAUCAAAAUUUAAUAAAAGAAAGUAAAAGUAAAGGUACACAAUUGUUAAAAUCGUUCUUCGAAGGUAGUCCUGAUAACGCUAGAGUACCUGUGAAAUUUCAAGUUAUUAAAGAAGUCGCUGAGUUAUUAGACUUUCCCUCUCCUUUAGUACAGGUUUUUAUAAAAUGCUACGAUCCGUUUAUAAAACAGCAGCUAUCUGAUAUUCGUAAACUUUUUGAGAUUAAUCCUGCUACGAUUAAUUUUAGCACAUUACCUACUCAAGCGGUCCCUGAAUGUGAUGAGGACAUUGGUCCUAAAGAUCCUAUAACGAGUCAACGAAUUAUAACUCCGGUAGUAACUGAUGCUGGCACCCUAUUUGAUUUACAAUCAUUGCGUAAAUGCUUUCCUGAACAUCCUACUAAAGAAGAUGUAUAUGAAUUCUCCCACUAUGACGGACGAGUAGAGCAUAUUCACUAUUUAUGCUGGAAACAAAUCGGUAAUCUUAGUGAAUAUUUGUAUCAGAGAAGAAGACAGACAUCUCCAGAAAAACGUCACUCAUUUAUUAACAUACCGAGUGAUUUAAAUGAGUUACUCAGAAUACAAUACGAUCUUCAGCAAGAAAUAGCUUGUAUAGAAAAGGAAUUUAAGGCGGCGAUGGAUAAAAAGCAAAUAGAAUUAGAGAAGAUUAAUACACAGAUUCAAUCGCUUCAUAUAUCAGAAUCAUCGGAUAAAGAUACUUUCAGUGAUGAAGAAUAUGAGAUUGUAUCUUAA